AUGACCGUCUCUUACGAUCACUCGUCGUUGCGGAACGCCGCACCGACGUCAAUGGCUACCCUUGAAGACCGGUUUGAAGUGAUGAAGGAAGUGGGAGAUGGUAGCUUUGGCAGUGUUGCUGUGGCUCGUGUACGGACGGCUGGUUCCAACAUCGCGCGGAGAGGAACCAUGGUUGCCAUUAAGACUAUGAAGAAGACCUUCGAUUCAUUAGCUCCAUGUCUAGAAUUACGGGAAGUCAUCUUCCUACGGACCCUACCCGCUCAUCCACACCUCGUUCCAGCUCUCGACAUCUUUCUCGACCCUCUUUCCCGCAAGCUACAUAUCUGUAUGGAAUACAUGGAUGGUAACCUCUAUCAACUGAUGAAAUCUCGAGACCACAAGCCGUUCGAUGGGAAGCAUGUGAAGAGCAUCCUAUACCAAAUUUUGUCGGGGCUUGAUCACAUCCAUGCUCACCACUUUUUUCAUCGUGAUAUCAAACCGGAGAACAUCCUUGUCUCCACAUCCGCUCCGAGCGACUCUGCUUUCAGUCGUUACUCUAACCUAGUGACUCCCCCUCAACCCCUCCAACAUAUACCAUGGUACCGUGCCCCUGAGGUCCUUUUGCGUGCAGGUGAAUACUCCGCGCCUGUGGACAUGUGGGCUGUCGGAGCUAUGGCCGUUGAAAUCGCUACAUUAAAGCCAUUGUUUCCCGGUGGUAAUGAAGUUGAUCAGGUUUGGCGAGUUUGCGAGAUUAUGGGUAGCCCAGGUAACUGGUACAGUAAGUCGGGCUCCAAGCUCGGUGGUGGUGAAUGGAGAGAUGGCUCCCGUCUUGCUCAGAAACUGGGAUUCACUUUCCCCAAGAUGGCACCUCAUUCAAUGGAAAGCAUCCUCCAAGCACCCCAGUGGCCAACGUCUCUUAGCCACUUUGUUACUUGGUGUCUGAUGUGGGAUCCCAAGAAUAGGCCAACUUCGACACAAGCCUUGAAUCAUGAGUACUUUGCAGAUGCUGUUGACCCAUUGCGGCCGAGGUCCUCAACUGCCCGACUGUUGGGUCGGAAAACUUCGGACAAGAGCUUCAAAUCUCCUACCCGGGAAAACAGUGACUCGCCCUCUCUUACAUCCAAGUCGUCGUGGUUCAGGAGAUCGUUGAUCGGAAGGUCUGAUAGCGAUAAUGAGCAGUCAAAGCAGCCUGUUGUCUCAUACAGCACGGCCCCUGAGACUACCAAGACUAAGCCUGCGCCCAGUAAGCGUGCAACUUGGGCAAAUGGUGCCCCGAUGCCUAUUUUGCCCUCGAUCCGACCGGUAUCCCCGCUUUCCAACGCAGUCACAGCACAAGCAAAUUCAUGCUUAGCCGGUGACAACGGUAAAGCGAGCAAGAAGAUCGGCAGACAGCUUUCGCUCAACUCCCAUGGCAAUCACUACGCUGAUGUCCAUAGGCAAGAAGCGGAAAGGGCUUUGAAUGGCGGAAAUCCUCUGGUUGGUGCCAGCCAGAAGGAGAGUUUUUUCUCUCACCUUCGCAAACGUGCUCGUAGGCUAUCUGGCCGUAACCAGGGAAAUGUGGGAAGCGACAAUGUUGAGGCUAAUGCUGGUUGUAUGCCUUGGUCGAAUCGUUCGUCUUUAGCCUUGGACACAGCCAGUGCUAACGACGCCAAGCAAGGCUCUGAUCUGUCGGAAUUGGACAAAGCCCUUCAGGGUGUGAAAUGCUCUCUCGAUUCGACUGCACUUGGCAAUGUUCCUGUCCAUAUUACCUCACCCGUGGAGGGUGUUAAGAGACAAUCCAUGCCUCAAGGAUCUAUACGCUCAAUGGGAGACAGCCCCGUUUCAACCAGUGGUACUGGUGCGCCAAUCUCUAGCCGCACUCGGCGUGCACUGCAGCUCUCAAGUCACCCUGUUCACCGCUACGAAACGCCAGAAGAGGAGGAUGAGCUCCUCGAUGAAGCCUUACACUCGGCAAGCAAAGCUGCGAGGCGGCUAGCGCAGACUGAGGUAUCGUCCGAUAGGUCAUCGAAUUAUAGUCAUCAGGCCAUGGGAAACGACAACUCACGAGCAUUGCCUAGUCCGUAUCCUACCCCCUCUCCAUCGGCAAAAUGUGACGGUGUUUCCUUUGGCCACUCUGAUGCCACUCCGAUUAGGCGAUUGGGUCUUCCUGAUGGCAAGACAGACCCUGCCACAAGUACGCGCCAAUGGCCUACCCCGCCUUACGAAGAUGGGGACUGGAACCAUUCAGGCCCUACAAACUUCAUGACAGGGUCGACCUAUAGGUAG